AUGGAUCUACACUACUCCAAAGCAACUGUCAAGGGCCGCGCCGGCAGAGUGCGCCCGCGGCUGCCGGCGGCGUGGCCACUGACGGGGGCGGGACGUGCUCAAGCGGCCGGCCCGCUAACAACCUGCUGCGGGGGCGGAGGAGGCGGCAGCGGCAGCGGCGGGGCGGCGUACCUCUCCUCAGCCCGGCCGAGGCCGCGCCGCCAGUGGGAGGCUGGGACCGUGGCUAGCGAGUGCGAGGAGCGCCCGGCGCCGGCGCCGCCCCCGCAGCCGCUGUGCGCGGCGGCGGCCGCGAGGCUCCACGGCGGCUGGCGGCGGCCCCCGGCUAGCGGCCAGCCCUCCGCCCCAAGCGCCACGGCCAAGCUGCAGCUCUGCCUGCGGCCGCCCGCCGGGGGCGGCGGGGGCGGCGGCGGCGGCUUCGGCCAGCGCGUCGCUGACCUGCCCGGCGGGCCCCCGCCGCCCGAAGACGGCGCCUUCCUGGCGACGCCGCUCAAGCCGGGCCCCGGCGCCAGCCCCGCGGGGGCGGCGUCGGCGUCGGCGGCGGCUCAGGCGCGCGUGCAGCGGCGGCGCGGAGGCCUGGGGCGAGACGUGCGCGGCAGCCCCCGCCUCGGCGGCCGGGAUCCCGCGCCCUGCCCCCGCGCCGCCCCCGCCGCCCCUCGCAUCGCGCCCACCGCUGCCGCCGCCGCCGCCGCCACCACCACCGCCCACGCCACGCACGCCCCCGCGCAGUCUCCGCCGCCCGACAGCGAGCAGGGCGAUCCGCCUCCCAGGAAGGUGCGCCGGCCCUUCUACCGGCGCUUCCUCAGCUACGUAAAGCAGGCGUGGACCGGCGUCAAAUUCGCUCUAGACCCUGAGCUGGAGGACCUGGAGACGCCGCCGCGCUACCGGCCGGACAGCCUGGAGGCGCUGUGCAAGGCCACGCGCUUCACCGAGGACGAGCUGAAGCGCAUCUACCGCGGCUUCAAGGCCGAGUGCCCCACCGGCGUCGUGCGCGAGGACACCUUCAAGGGCAUCUACUCGCGCUUCUUCCCACAGGGCGCGAACGCCGGCCACUACGCCCACUACGUGUUCAACACGCUGGACCAGGACCACAGCGGCCUGCUCAGCUUCGAGGACUUCGUGGUGGGGCUGAGCAUUCUGUCGCGCGGCACGCUGGACGAGAAGCUGCGCUGGACGUUCUCGCUGUACGACAUCAACGGCGACGGCUGCAUCACGCGCGACGAGAUGACCGACAUCGUCACCGCCAUCUACGAGCUGACGGGGCGCCUGGUCGAGCCCUCGGCCGACGACGCCACCGUCAACGACAAGGUCGAGCGCAUCUUCCAGAAGAUGGACGCCAACAAGGACGGCGUGGUGACGCUGGAGGAGUUCCUGGACUGCUGCUCGCGGGACGAGGACAUCUCACGCUCGAUGGCGGUCUUCGAUUCGGCCUUCUGAUCGCCACCGCCGGCAGCGAGUUUCGCAGCCACCGCGGCUGCAGCACCUCAUCCCGGACUCCGAAGAACCGGCUUUUUCUUUUGGAUCUGAGAGGCGCCUCUGUUCAGAAAUAUAGCAGCCCCAUGGAUUCGGAAUGGAACGUCACUUUUUGAACGAGACGGGGAUAUAUUUUCUUUGUCGUAUUCUACAGGCACGAUGGGAGCGACAAUCUCACUUGCACCAAGCAGUUGUCGUAAUUCGGACCUGCUGAUUACUUUUUUCUGAUUAUCGCUUACUUUUAUGUUGUUCGUACUUGGUGUACCAAAUUACAGUAUUCUUUUAUUUUGCAAAAUUGCUCCUCUGAACUCUAAGUUUAUCCUGCUUUUGUGUAACUUGAAAUUACCAAACUGAACUCUCCUGAGAUACUUAUUUAGAUUAUAAACGAUAAAAAUAUGUCAUUUCGUGACGCAGACAUCCUCAUAUUCAAUACAUUUGUCUAACUGUUCCACCAAAUUUUUUAUUUCAUGGCAAAAAAUUGUUUUUGCUUGUGGCCAGAGAAGAAAUGCACCCGGAUCGUAAUUUUCCCAGGUAGAUUUGGUCCCAUGAAACAGUUCUAGGAAGAAAUCUAUUUCAGUGUUACUUAGCUUUAGGAUGGUUUCGAAGCCCCGCACACGCAAUCUGGUUUCCCAAUGUACAACGUGCGGCGUAUGAAACUCCUGAACAAGGAUCGAUGUGCAUCUGAUGUUCUUCUCACAGUAUUAGGACGGUCAGUGUGGUGGACAACGACAGUUGUACUUUUGUAGUUAAACGGAUCUGCCCGUUAGUACAUCAUUAGUCCGCAGUUAUCGUCAUACUUUCCCAACAUUCUUUAUGAAUUCAUCGAGAUUUUAUGGCGUCACAAAAAUCAUUUAACAGCUUUAUGUUCUACGGUGCACAAGGAAUAGCGCCAUGGCUUCUUAUUAAGCCGAGGGUGCCAUCUGUCAGCAAACAAAACGCAUUUUUAAAGAAUGUUUAUUUCUCUCGGGGGAAUUUGAAAUGGUCGGAAACUGCAAAUGGAGUAAUCAUUUUGAAUUUCGUGUUACUUUUUGCCGAAUGUCCGUCAAAGUAGAGUGUUAUGGUUAUACAGUUUCAUAGUAGAAAGACACCUCACGAACGAAUCGCUCCUUUUGUGCUUGUAUCAAACCAGUAACUGGAGGUUUGAAUUCCUCUCUUCGUAUCAUACAAAGAGUCGGUCAGCACAUGACAUACAUUAUUUUUCGACCACUGACGUGUAAAAACUACUGCGUAUUUUCCUAAGUAGAUUUGUUAAAUUACUCGAGAGUCAAGUAGGAAGUAGUACUGCUCCGAGGAAGUAAAUAUAUUUUUGUAUUGCAGUACCACAUAUCGUAAUUGGCAUCCCAGAGGAGCGUAGCAGGCGUGCGGUAGCCAACAGAUGAAUAACUAGAAUGACCCCACUAAAUGCGAGUGAGUUUACUACCCGACACAUCUGACCGUCACCUGGGUCUUGGAUUUGUCUGUUCAGAUUUGUAGAAUACGACCUGCUGCCGGUGAAUUAGUGAUAACUAGUUUAACACUACACCACUAUUUUUCAGUUUGCAGAUUAAGUUACGUACGCAAACUGCAGCUAGACAGUUGCAAUAAAUUUCAAAUUUUAACGCCAUGUAAAAACGUGGUUGCAGUAAAUAUGUCGUGAGAAACACCAAACAGCCACAAUUAAGGUAUAAAUCAUUUAUUCAAAGAGCACCCAUAUUCCUACAGGUUCUACGGGAUUUGUUUGUUGAGAUCUCGUCAUGUGCAUUUUUAUCAUCGAAGCAUCAUUUUUAAGUGGCCACCAGGCAGAGCCAGUAUAACACUAAUUUACGUACAUACUCGAUAUGUUUUUGAUGUAGAAUUUAAUGAAGUACAGAUAACAAGCCCUUGUUGCUAAUCACUUAACGACAUAACACGUAACAAAGUGUCAAACUUCGUUUGUCUCUGUGGCCCCAAAGUAACGGAGCUCAAUAGAAAUCUGACUUAAAACUUUUUUUCUAAGAGUUCAAUUUAAAGAUAAAUAUCUUCGCCAGUCUCUGCCGUCAUGAGAGACAAUGCAGCUUCAAGUAUAUCAUAAAUAUUAUGGAUAGACAUUACAGUUUGUGAUUUCUUUACGAUUAAAUUAUAAUGUACAAGGUUUUAUUAAUUUGCUAAUUAUUUGUAAUGUUCAUAGGUUAUCGGAAAACCAGCGAGACAGUUUUUUCUUCUCAGACAGUUUCUGAAAGGGCGUUACUGAUUUAAGUGAUUUAAAAAAUAAAUUAAAUUUUAAAUUACAAGGUAGGCUACUUAUAAUACUAGUAAUCUUUUACUUUUAUUGGUGGUAUGAAAGUACUGUUCGUGAAGAGUUUCUUUUGGUGCGUUAAUUUGGAGAGAAAUUAGAGUUUUCAGUGGUAUAAAACUAUAAAGUAAUCUCGGACAGGUCCUAUAGAAAAUAACCACCUAUUCAGAAACUACAACUCCUGUGUUUUUUACUGUACCUGAACGUGGUCGCCGCUCGAAACUAGUAGUGUCGUCUUAAACUAGUUAUCACCAUGAGACAAGCAGGAGGUACUUCGUUACAAAUCUGAGUAUUUAGAUACAGUCAUAUGAUGCCACAGGCUAAGACUUGUGACAUACUGCUGAGUUAUAAUAGGACUGAAGUCAUGGCUACAGCUAGGGAUUCAACUAUUUCUCUUUCCAAAUGUUUUCGGAGAUUCUUUUGCCAUUCAUUUUCCAAAAGGUAUUAUAAUGCAGGAUUAUGUACAAAUGAACGUGUGAAAGUAAAGAAGAUUUAUUCUUUUACGGAAUGACACGGUAUCCACUAACCUAUGCAGUGAAGAGCAAUUUCAUAAUUUCACUUUCUUCAGAUUUCAAGUGUAUAUGUGGUUGACGUUGUGGGUUCCAUGGGAACCCAAAGGUGACACCACAGAUGUUUAGACGUCAGUGUAUUCAUCCAAGUCGCUUCACAAUACAUAUUCGGUUAUCCAUCCCACUGCAAGAGUGAUGCAGUUCACCAAAUAGGCCAGCUAGAUACAAGAUAACGGGUAAAAAACGCACAGGUGAACAAGACCAGCAACUUCAGACUCUAAAAAAACAGAAUUAGUGUAAACUGUAUUUUACAGUGCUGUUACGCCAUAAUCAGUAAUUAUUCACUGAAAAAAUUACGUUAUGAAGGAAAAGAAGUAUAUUCUGCAUACGCAUGAUGUUACUACAGAUGUUGACCCAUACACAACUAGUACGUCACUCUCACAUUUUGUUGUUCAAGAGGCCGCCAGCCUCUGGUGAAGAUGCGUAUUUUCUUCGGCAUCUGCAACAAUCAAUGAAUUUAUUUUAAAGAUACUUUCCAAUAAAAUUUAAGCUGAAACAAAAAUUACACACAUCUGAUUUUCUGACGUAUUACCACCUCUAGGGACUCUCAGCACCCUUCUGUUCUUGAAGUUUGAUUUGAUACAAACCUUGUAAAGCCAUUUUAUGUAUUUGUACCAGGACGCUGCUAUUUUUGAAGCUUUAUUCAAUAGUUGUACAAUAGGCGAUAAGCUUAAUUCGGCUACAUUGUCGUUUUCAAACGAUAUGCAGUUAUAUAGCGCUAUUAGUAUAUACAGUUUUUACGUUAAAUAUCUAAUUGGUUUUGUAACAGUGUGUCCAGUAUUUACUUCCAUAUCUCGUUGUUGACGUUGUAGCUGUCAAGUAUUUCUGCGUGCUGUAUUUGUAGAGUAG